CCCGGCGGCCCGGUGACGUGUCUGCGCCACAGCCCGGCCCGGGGAAGCGGCGUCGCCUGCGACUUGGCCCCGGCAGCGGCGUCCGGCGUCCGUGCCCCGCUGAGCCCGCCCGCAUCAUGUUCAACGUGGAGAGCCUGGAGCGCGCCGAGCUCGGGGAGAGUCUGCUCACCUGGAUCCAGACAUUUAAUGUUGAAGCACCAUGCCAGACUGUGGAAGAUUUAACGAAUGGGGUUGUGAUGGCCCAGGUGCUUCAAAAGAUAGAUCCAGCAUACUUUGAUGAAAACUGGUUAAACAGAAUCAAAACAGAAGUAGGAGACAAUUGGAGGCUAAAGAUAAGCAAUCUGAAGAAAAUUUUAAAAGGAAUAUUGGAUUACAAUCAUGAGAUUUUAGGGCAGCAGAUUAAUGACUUUACCCUUCCUGAUGUUAACCUGAUUGGAGAGCACUCAGAUGUUGCAGAGCUUGGAAGAAUGCUUCAGCUCAUUUUGGGAUGUGCUGUGAAUUGUGAGCAGAAGCAAGAGUACAUCCAGACCAUCAUGAUGAUGGAGGAGUCUGUUCAACAUGUUGUCAUGACAGCUAUUCAGGAGUUGAUGAGUAAAGAAUCUCCAGUCUCUCUUGGAAAUGAUGCUUACGUUGACCUUGAUCGUCAGUUGAAGAAAACUACAGAAGAAUUAAAUGAAGCUUUAGCAACAAAAGAAGAAAUUGCUCAGAGGUGCCAUGAAUUAGAUAUGCAGGUUGCAGCACUUCAAGAGGAAAAAAGUAGUUUACUAGCUGAGAACCAGAUCUUGAUGGAACGUUUGAACCAAUCUGAUUCUAUAGAAGAUCCCAACAGCCCUGCAGGGCGUAGGCACCUGCAACUGCAGACACAGUUAGAACAGCUCCAGGAGGAAACAUUUAGGCUAGAGGCAGCCAAAGAUGAUUAUCGAAUACGUUGUGAAGAGUUGGAAAAAGAAAUUGCAGAAUUGCGACAGCAGAAUGAAGAGCUAACCACUUUAGCAGAAGAGGCUCAGUCUUUGAAGGAUGAGAUGGAUGUACUUAGGCAUUCCUCUGAUAAAGUGGCUAAGUUAGAAGGCCAGGUAGAAUCAUACAAAAAGAAGCUGGAAGAUCUUGGUGAUCUGCGGCGGCAAGUAAAACUCUUAGAGGAGAAGAACACUAUGUAUAUGCAAAACACUGUAAGCUUGGAGGAAGAACUAAGGAAAGCCCACGCAGCCCGUAGCCAGCUGGAAACAUACAAGAGACAGGUAGUUGAACUACAAAACAGAUUAUCUGAAGAAUCAAAGAAAGCAGAUAAAUUAGAAUUUGAAUACAAAUUGCUGAAAGAAAAAGUAGACAGCCUCCAAAAAGAAAAAGAUAGGUUAAGAACGGAAAGAGAUUCCCUAAAAGAAACUAUCGAAGAGCUUCGAUGCGUACAAGCACAAGAAGGGCAGCUCACCACUUCAGGAUUGAUGCCACUGGGAAGCCAGGAGUCUUCAGACAGUCUAGCAGCAGAAAUUGUUACUCCUGAAAUCAAGGAGAAACUCAUUCGUCUUCAGCAUGAGAACAAGAUGCUGAAGCUUAACCAAGAAGGUUCCGACAAUGAAAAGAUUGCCUUGUUGCAGAGCCUGCUAGAUGAUGCAAAUCUACGGAAGAAUGAACUGGAGACAGAGAACAGGCUGGUAAAUCAGAGACUUCUAGAGGUGCAGUCACAGGUUGAAGAAUUGCAGAAAUCUUUGCAGGAGCAAGGUUCAAAAGCUGAAGAUGCUAUUUCAGUUCUUCUGAAAAAGAAGCUUGAAGAACAUCUGGAGAAGCUGCAUGAGGCUAACAAUGAAAUACAGAGGAAACGAGCUAUUAUUGAAGAUUUGGAACCAAGAUAUAACAACAGUUCACUCAAAAUUGAAGAAUUACAAGAAGCUUUACGGAAAAAAGAAGAAGAAAUGAAGCAAAUGGAGGAACGAUACAAAAAGUAUUUGGAAAAGGCCAAGAGUGUUAUCCGUACUUUAGAUCCUAAACAAAACCAGGGCACAGCUCCUGAGAUUCAGGCUCUGAAAAAUCAACUACAGGAACGGGACCGAAUGUUUCAUUCGUUAGAGAAAGAGUAUGAGAAAACAAAGACUCAAAGAGAGAUGGAGGAGAAAUUUAUUGUGAGUGCCUGGUACAAUAUGGGAAUGACUCUGCAUAAAAAAGCAGCAGAAGAUAGACUGGCUAGUACAGGCUCCGGACAGUCCUUCCUGGCUAGACAAAGGCAAGCCACCAGCACAAGGAGAUCUUACCCUGGUCAUGUCCAACCAGCUACAGCAAGUGAUGUGAUUGCAUGACCUGCAGCAUUAUUUAUCAAACAGGGACUGUUCAGUGCAUGACUUUUCUGUCCAGACUGCAUAACCCAAAACUUAACCAGUUCUGCCACUUAAGACUCAUGGCAUCUGAUUUCAGAGAGAGAGAUCCACUUGCAAAGAAGCUUGCCAUCUUGGGGAGUGGCUUUACCAUCUCCCUCUUGCACCUUUUUCCUCCCCUGCAAAAUAAAGUCUCCCCAGGAGACUGGGGCAGGGGAAAAGCCAGUAUUCAGAAUUCCUGAGAGGGUAUUUGGUAAAUUGACACAGUUCCCUUUCUGCUCUCCGUUUUACUUUCUGUCUAUCCACUUUGAGUACUUCAUUCUGAUUAUUAACACACAACCUUCUGCUACAGUUCCAUUUGCUAAGCUAGAUAACAGCUAGUCUUAAUGAGGUCAUAAAUGUACCUUUCUGAUCAUUCAUAUGUUAAAGCUCCUGCACCCUUUAAAGGCUCUGCUUUUAUCAGGUUUUAAAUAUUUAAAGUAAAGCCAAGAAAGUUUUCUUGCAGGAAAAAACUAUUAUGAAUGGUUGUUUGACCCUCCCAUGUUCCUUAAAAAAUAAGCAAGGUAUAUCUGCUAAGCUCCAAGCCUGGACAAACUAUCAUGGAAUAUUUUAUGUACAAACACUGCAUACUUUCUUAAUAUGUAGAUACACAGUAGUUUGUAACUGUUACAUUUAGCUGUCAUCGGUUUCUUUCAGUAACAUUUUUUUCUAUCUGUGUACAAAUGUUAAACAAUUCUAGAAAGGAACCUGAAUGGACAUAACUAGUAUGAAAGCAGCCUACACUUGCUGACUUACAGUAUUAUGCAAAGUGGCCUUGCAAGCUUCUUUGGGUUGUUUAUAUUUUACUUGUACUAGUUUAGUUCUCUUUCUUAUCCCCGUUAUAGUUAUUUCAUUUCCAAUUGCACUAGCAUGCCUGUUACUUUGUAUUAUGAAGUAUUGCGAUCAGAUUUGCGGUAUGUAGACAGUAUAACUCAGAAUGCUUUGGUGCUGCCUAUAUUGACUAAUUUAAAAAGCUGCUUAUUUAAAAUUUUAAAUUCUUAAAUAUCCACACAUUUGUAUUACUGUAUUUUCAUUUUGUACUCAGACAGCACUGGCAAGAUACAAGACGUGAGGAAAUGCUGUUUUAUAGUAUUCUAAGUUCAUGUGUCUAUUGUGUAGAUACUGUUGUUUUAACAUCUGGGGCAAAGGUGAGACCUUGUAAGCCAUAGUAUUCGCUAAAAAGCCUCAAGAGCAUCUGAAAUCAUUAGUACUGUACAUGGUUCGGUUUGAUUAGAAAUCCCAUUCUUGAGCAACCCCACGCUUCCUCACCUAGAGCUCAAUCCUGCGGAAACUUAGAUGUAUCCUUAACUUUUCUCAUGAGCAGACUUAAGCAUCAGGGCCUUGGGGGCAAAUUGACCCCUGUCUUUGUGCCUGCAAAGGACUUGGGAGGUUGGAUAGGGGCAGCACAUCCCUUGCUUGGUACAGAGGCCUCCUUUCACAUCAGUACACAGGGAUAGGUGGGGCAGGGCUGGAGGAGUAUUGAGGGCCCCCCAUCCUCCUCAGCACCUGGUCCAACUAGCUAGGGCCUGGGCUCUCACAUUGCCCCUAAUUGUCAUGUGUAAGUCUCAGGCAGCCCUCCCCGUCAGAUACAACCCAGGUUUAAUCAGCCCGGAGAGAAUCUGGAGGUGGUGAUGUGAGGAGUGAUGCUGGGAGCUCACUGCCACUGUCCCUCUCUCUGCCCUACAGCAAUCACUGACUCUUCUGCGGGGGUCAAAGGGAGAUGAGGACUGGGGUCUCUGCAGGAAGUAGAGGGGAAAAUAAGGACUGGGAUGGAAUCCGAAACUCUGUUCCUUAUUCCCUUUCUCUGCGGGAGGGCAGAGCAGGGUGACUCAUCCCUCCACAUUCCCUCUCUUGAGGGCCAUGCGGGGGGUCUUCAGCUUAUGGGAUCCCAGUACUCUGCCAGGAAGGGCCCUCAUCACUGCCAUCUAGAGCUGGGGGCUCAUUGCUAACAACUCCCCAGCCUGCUGGGGCAGCGCAGUUACAGAUUUCACCACCCCAGGGAGCUCAGAAUGUGGGUGGCAUCAGAAGAGUGUCGCAGCUGUCCCACACAGAGGAACGUUCAGGCCUUAGGAGCUGAUCGGGGUGGGCCAGGCAAUUCUUGAGCAAUGCACAGCGAAGAGCCCCUUGGGCUUGUUUGUGACAUUUCAGCCUUAAUAACUGUCGAUCCCUUGCUAGGAGGUACUGUAUAAACAUGCCUUCUCUCCUUGUUGGGAACUUGGAUGAGUGGCUUUGAGCUGCGUUUUCCAACUCUGUAGAGCAGCUGGUGAUGUCUUCCCCAACCCAUGCUGGAUACCGAUGUCUCCAGAGUCAGUAGUUUCGGGCUGGCGAUGCCAUUUGACUGUUUAGGGGCUGGACCUCAAGCCUUCUGGAGUGGUGGCUCUGGGUGCAUUGGAUUUGUUCUCCACACCCCCAGCCUGGCUGUGUAGAUUAGUAGUUUACUAUUCAAGCUGUUCUGAGGCCCAGGCAUUUGUAUCUUCCAGAAACGUUUUUAGCUUGACAUAACUGUUUGAGUCAACUCAGUGCAGUAAAGAAAUGUCAGAUUGAGCUAGUAACCUCAAGUAAAUGUGCUGUCUUUCUUUUAACUAAGUUAUCCUAGCAUCUCUCCCCCAGAGCGUGAUCCCAAGCAUGUUUCUAAUGUACUAACUUGAUGUGUGCUGCAUAAGAGACUGUUUUAUUUUCUCAGUGGCAGCUUGUUUGACUGUCCUAAUUUGUGUUGACAAGUUAUCAAAAUAACUGUUUGUGAAAUUGCCAAUAAUAUAGUUUCUGUCAGAGAAUGGGCUUCUAGAGUGUCAAAGCAUUAAUUUCCCUUUUCAGUUCACCUAUGAAUUCUUAUCCUGUAACUACCAGAUUGUCAUGGUAGUGGCAUUAAUAUACAUAUCUGUAUAUAGACAAAAAUACAAGAUAAUGGUCAGAAGAAUUCAAACAUUUUAAUAAUGUUUUUCCCAGUCAAAUACAAUAAUUCUUCCAAGGCUGCAGAAAAGUGUACAGUUGUUAAACAAGUUGUAAAUAAAGGCUUAUAUAAAAUGGAA